CUCAUGAGUCUAAAGUUCUCUUUGGAUAAAAUAAAAGCAAUCAGUUAUGAACAAGUUAGAUAAAUUGCAUCUUGUUGAAGAAACCAAGUAACUUUGUUGCUCAGAUACAUACUUAACUAUCUUAUCAAUGAAUGAGGAAAACAAAACCAUCAUCACAGGAUUCAUCUUGUUCGGAUUUGGAGACCAGCCUGAACUGCAGAUUCUAUUUUUCUUACUGUUUCUUGUCAUUUAUUUUAUGACUAUGACUGGGAAUCUUAUCCUUGUUAUUUUGGUAGUGACUGAUAGACAUCUUCAUAACCCCAUGUAUUUUUUCCUGGGAAACUUAUCCUGUCUGGAGAUUUGCUAUAGCUCAACCAUCCUGCCCAGAAUGCUGUCCAGCUUCAUAACAGGGAAUAGAAAUAUAACAUUUUCUGGUUGUUUUACUCAGUUGUAUUUAUUUGGAUUUCUGGUGACUACAGAAACAUGUCUUCUCUCUGUAAUGUCUUAUGAUAGGUAUUUAGCCAUUUGCCAACCACUACACUAUCAUUUAUGUAUGAAUAAAAAGAUCUGUAUUUCUUUAGCAACUGGGUCUUGGGUAGGUGGCGGUUUUUCUGUCUCAAUAGUGGUCACAUGGAUGGCACAGUUAACAUAUUGUGGCUUCAAUGAAAUUGACCAUUUUUAUUGUGAUUUUGUCCCUCUGAGUAAGUUAGCUUGUGGUGAUAAUUCAUUGUUUAUUGAAAUAGCCUUUCUGUUAUCUUCUAUAUUUACAUUUCCUUUAUUUAUGUUGACCAUUGCAUCUUACAUUUUCAUCAUAUUGGCCAUUUUGAGGAACCCUUCGACACUUGGGAGGAAAAAGGCAUUUUCUACUUGUUCCUCUCAUCUAAUUGUUGUCACCAUUUUUUAUGGAUCAUUAAUGAUUGUUUACCUCCUGUCAGAUGACUCAUUAAUAAGAAGUUCAACCAAACUGUUCUCUCUAUUCUAUACCAUUCUCACUCCUAUGCUCAAUCCCCUUAUAUACAGUUUGAGGAACAAGGAAGUGAAAGAAGCUUUGAAAAAAUUACCCCAGAUGUUACUGCUAGGCUUCUGACUAGAUUUUCUCAAGCUGAGUGUCUCUGGAUGCAUCUGCUAUUAAUCCCUUUAUCCAAUGGUCAUCUCUUAUCCAAUGGUAAGAGAUUAUGUGAUCAUAGGACAAAAAAUUGGAGAGGCUGACAAAGCUGCUCUAGAUGUAGAUAUCUUCAAAGGUGGGCAAGGGAAACAAAUGACAAAAUAUGGAUGAUUUCAUUCAUGUUUGUUGGCAUUUUGACAUACCAUGUUUUCCCCAAAAUAAGAUUGGGUCUUAAUAUUUUUUUCCUCCAAAAGAGGCAGCAGGUCUUACUUUCAGGGGAUGACUUACUCACAUCCAGCACCAACAGUCCCCCCCCCCCCACAAGCUGGUCCACUUCUUCUGGGGCUGAAGGAGCAGCUUCAUUCUGCAGUUGCAUUCCUGCCUGCAUUUUGCAGUCAGGUCUUUCCAGAAGGCCUAUGUAACCAAGUACCAAGGUAUAGAUUCAAUCCAUAGCCCAGUCCUCAGCUUCAGAGGUCUUGCAAAACAGAGCUAUGGAUUAAAUCCAUAGCUUGGUUCUCAGCUGCACAGGCCUUCAGGAAAGACCUGUGACUGAGAAAUGCAAGCCUGGUGUCAGAAGACACCUCAGAAGAAGUUGGCCAGCGAAGAGAGGCUGGCUGCAAGGUAAGUGGUUGCAGGUGCAUAGGGCAGAUCCAGAUACUUUUUAAAACAUUUUUUUUUACAUUUAAAUUUUACUUAGCUAGUAUUCUAUGACUAUCACUAAG